AUGUCUUUCCUUCAUGGAGUUCUUGAGAGUGUUAAGGAGGAUGAUAACGUUGCAACAUAUGAUAAUGAUUCACAAAAUAAUAUUACUUCAGUUAUUGAGACUCUUAACAAUAGUGUAGGUAAAGGCCGUCAGGCCUUCGGGAAGGCCGUGACUCAGGUAAGUGAGUGGUUGAAAAAACAUGGUGAGCAGGUGGACACAUUGACUACAGGAGUAUCAUUUGAAUUAGGUAAAUAUGUCGAAGAUGUUUCAAGGCAACGAGACAAGCCACUAGCCGACCAGCUGAGGUCAUGGACCCAGACACUUAGUCAGAUAGAUGCAGACUUAACUAGCCUUCACUCUAAUAAUAUUAGUCAGCUAGAUCCUGUGUUGCGUGACAAAUUGAUGCAUAAGAUAGAGCCUGUGAAAAGCGCUGUGCAGGUGCUGAAGGAGAGCGCUGGGAAGGGGGAGUUGGAGAAGCAGGUGAGGGAGGUGGAUGAGACAAUUUUCAUGCAGUUCAGUGAGAUUGGUAAGAAAAUUGGUCAGUUAAGAGAGCAAAAGAAUGAGCAGAUUAAUGCUGUUAAUAAGAGCUUAAUGGAUGCAACUGAUGCUUUGCUUGGUGCCGGAGGGGUAAAAUUCGAUGAAGAAUGUAAGACUCAAAUUACCGGGAAGUUUACUGACAUAAAGUGGGCAGUUGGUAACGUUUAUGACACGUUGAAAAAUAAAAAAGUGCAGCUUGAGAAUUUGGUGGAAACGGCUCGAAGGGAGUUCGGGGAGCUGACCAAUGCGGUUAAGGGUAAUGGCGCCAAGGUAGGCAAUGUCAGCGUCGAUCACAAUUGGUCCGAGCUUCAAAAAAAGAUUAAAGAACUUGUUACAGGCUUGAGAAAUAAAGAUAAUCCAACCACCCCAGGAGACCUUGAUAAAAUAGUAAGCGGAUUGCAAGCGUACGGUUGGAGGUUCAAUAAGUAUGGGGAAUUUGAGACGUCGGUUUUAAAGGGGUGGUUAAAUGGUGUUUUUGACAAGCAUCCGGUAAAGCAGUAUGUUGAGAGUAUUGGAAAUACAAACCCUGCUGCGCUAGGGAAGGUGAGAUCCGUAAUAACUACAUACAUUACAACAAUGGGUGGCCAUGCAACUAAAACACGCAAAUUCACGGAAAGUGUUACAGAGAAUUUGAAUUAUAUUCAGCCAUUUUUUAACGAUUUUGCCACACGAGUUGAUCCAGAUCAGACUGAUUAUAUGGUGGACUACGUACAUUCGCAGUUGCAGAAGAAUUCCCAUGGUCUAAGGUUCAACACCGAUCGCUCUGUACUUGAACCCGCAGCAAAGUCCAUCUUAUCGUGCGUUUAUGCCGCUGCAAGGCAAGCCGCUAAUGAACUUAAAUCGAUAACCUCCACGACUGACCCAGACGGCAGUGUCACUUACAACCUCGGCACCAACGUGGAUGAGGCUAUUAAGAAGGUUGACGAAAUAAGAAAACAGUUCGACGUAGGUAACUUCGGCCAUACAGUCGACAAAGCAUUGGGGAAGGCGAAGGAAAAAAUUAACUUGCUUGGUGACGUGUUAAAAGAGAAAGAGGCUGUCGGCUCAAUGCUACAUAAACUCGAAGAUAUUCAGAAGGAAGUUAUUGAGAAACUUGAAAAACUGCAAAACGACGAUGUGAAUACUGAAGGAAGUAUCGAAAAAAUUGGAAAAGCUGCGGCCGAUAAGAUGGAGGAGUUGAAAUCUAUAUUGGUAGCUAAACUCAGUGACAUUGGCAAUGCCGUCAUCGACGCCGAUCAACGGCUGACACAGGCCAUAAAUAACGUCAUUAAUGAAGUCAACACAGCACAAGACAACAUUACAAACUCCGUCCGCUCCCUCUUCGCCGAGCAGCACGUCGCGGACCUGACGGCGCUGCAUACGCUGGUUGAGCGAAAAUUGGCGGAGGUGAGGAAAAUAAUUGAUGAAGAUAAAGUGACAGGCGUAAAAGGCCUUUUCAAGGCUCUGAGUGGCGCAUCAUUUACUUUUGAAAAUCGCCUUCCCAAAUUUUCUGAGUCAACAAGUUCCAUGAAUAUACUCACCAAGCUUGAAAAGGCGUUUCCCAAGCCAGCCAUGGCAGUUAAGGAAACAAACGAUCACGCUACGAAAUUCAAGGAGACAGUACAAAUUAUCAAACAUUAUUCUAACAGAAUAUUUACAUACAUGUUGAACGAUAUGGAAGCAUUACUUGUGUCUCAGAUUGCAACUAGGCACGCUUACAAAACUAAGGUUGAGAAAAUUAAAAAAGCACAUAAUGACGUACUUGACAGCAUUUAUAUCACAAAGCAUUUCGAUCAUGAAUUUGUGAAUUUGCUUGACACACUAAGAAAUAUUCUCGGAGAUUUAUCUCCUCAGGAAUUCGGUGCCCUUCCUUAUGUCAACCUCGACGCCCUCAAGGCCGGCAUGACGCAAUUCACCGAGCAACUCUCACACGCGUACGUGAAUAAAUACAGUGGGAAAAGGUUUGGUCCUUUGACUGAACAAGACAAAACCAAAAAACCAGCAGAUAAAGUCCUUUCCGCUGAGGGCCGCAACUGCGCCAAGGUCUGCCUGACCAUACUGGAGAGGGUGAAGGGUGAUCUUGAUGGGUUAAGAAGUGGAUGUAAGAAACGUUUUUCCAAGAGUACAAUUAGUCGGUCUUCAGAUCUGGGAGAACUAUUUAAAAGUUAUGGUUACCGUGUUGCCAGCCACUCUAAGUCACAAGAUGGCGAGUUGAAGCGUCAUGAAGAUAUGACAGGUGAGAAGGUAUUUCAGAAGCUCCACGAGAUGAAAUUACAGAACACGGAAAAAAUAAAACAUCUCAAGGACUGUGAAUCCAUUGAAAAAGAUGAGCACGGUAACAAGAAGAAACAUGAUAACUUCGACAUCUUUGACUUACUGAAAUGCCUUCACCGUCACCUAGAAGAGUAUUACUCCGUCGGUCACAUAGCAACUUUCACCUCCAAGAAGACGCCGUGCAGUGUUAAUGAAAUGCUUUCUUGGUUCUCAGGUCUGCCGUAUAACGCUGCGUAUUCCACUCUAUUGCGUGACGGUUUCACUAGCCUCCUGCAGAAGCCUAAGCCCAAAACCAUACAGGGCGGCGACGAAUUUGAAGUAGAAUUAGAUGAUCUGAAGUCCUACUACAUAGAUGCUUAUCCAAACAGAAUCACAUAUGAUCACAUAAAUACUGCACUCGACCAUAUUUGUUCGAUAUCCUAUGACAUCUUGACGUCAAUCGCCGGUCACGGCGACGAAUACACAACGUACGCCGCUGACUUCUGCACCAACCACCUUAGCCUAUCAUAUCCUUCAAUUCCAUCUCAAUGCCUGGAUAUGCUUCUUGACAUUUUGCGUAGACUAUUACCACAGCUUCGAUAUUUGUUCAACCGAUGCAAGCUAAGUACUAAGCAUAGCGGUUGGUCGCAAUGCCUCUACGGCAGGGAUGUCUUCACUACCAAAUCACCAUGUAAUAAUCAUUCAAAUAGCAAACCAAACAGCCGACCAAAGUGCCAACCUACGUGCCAGGCAAACACAAAACCAAAUUGCCAACCAACUUCACCUUUAAUGAGUUACCUAACGGACUCGUUACCUGGUCACUUACCUCAUGACGUUUCUUCUAUUGGCUGUCGCUCUGUAUGUUCAACAUGUCCAAAUGGCAAGAAAGGCAUGCCAUGCUUAACACCUCUAGGCUUCAGAGGUUUCUCUGGGUCUACGCGUAAGGGUGAGGAGAUAUGUGAUAUUCUGGACAAAUUCUUCUCCAACUUCUAUUUGUCAUCCCUAUUCUGUCUCUCACCAAAGACCCCGGCUUCAUUACCUGAGCAGUUCGGGUUUGUUUUAUCACUAGUAAGUGGUUGGAAUAGUCCCAAGACAGAAGCUACAAGUCGCAUUAAGAAGUCCGUUGAAUCAUCCAUUGAGAGUGUGUCCAUUAACCUGUAUGAUCAACCGACGAAACUAACAGCUGCACUUACUAAUGCGUACCGUAAUACACACAGUAACCAUGGAGGGAAGGACCAUCUUCCUGCAUACUCUGAUGUGUAUAGUCUGGCGAUGACGUCAGCAUGUAAUGAUCGUGUCGGAAAAGCGUUGUGCGCUCCGUAUGUUGCAUCACUCUGCGGCGAUACGUAUGCUUACUUUGCUGAGAAGCACUGUAACACAUACCUCUCAUGGGCCAUAUACCUCCCAUGGACGUUCUGGGAUCUACUCAACAACUUAUAUAAUGCCUUCUGUUCUAUCACUUGUGCAGACUGGGGCUGCCGUGGAUGUCUCAGAGGAGACAAGUGCAGGAGUGGCAAGCAUGGCGUCGUUGAGGAUGAGAAGAAAGCAGAUGACACAUGUCAGUGUUCUUCAAUAGUCCAGUGUAAAGGAGUAUCAUCCACAUUCUACCAGUAUGGAUUCAGCUUCGGCGAGGCGUCGACGUUGAAUAGUGGUGACACAGUGAAGAAGUGUAAGGAUUUCUGCAGCCAAUUACACAAGGUGUUACAUUCUAAUUACUUUGGAAAAUUAUUCGAGCAAUGCGACGAAUACCUUCGCAUAAUCAGAUGGCCAUUCAUGUGUCUAUUGCUAGCCCUCUGGUCGCUGUCGCUCCUCUACCUGCUGCACAUCGCCGUCGUCCGCCUCGACGUGCUGAGGAUACGCUCCCACCUAAAAUCACCCGCAAGCCACAGGAUCGCCGCCCAGUCGCUCCUCGCCGCCGCACGCCUCAAGGCGCUCGCCAACGUCAAGUACUUCUCACCAUAA